UCUCUGUGUUGGGCUGUCGCUGAAAGCCGCGCAGGUCUCCGGGGAGGGAAAAGGUGGUUUCACCACACUCAAUAUGGAGGGAAAGUGUGCAGGCGCUGCUGAGUUGAGGCCUCCUCUGCGCUGAGUGCCAGAGUCCGCAGGGCAGAGUCCAGGCCGCUCGCCCAGUCUGCCCAGUCCUCCCAGUCCCCGUGCACCACCAGCGCGAGCACUGCGUGUGCCCCCAGCACGUGGGGCAGGCAUCAGCGAGGAGCGGCGGUGCCUCCUGGGUGGCGAAGGCGAAAGCCACCCCUGCCGUGGUGGCCAUGACAGGCAGCGAGGCGGCGGGCAGGCGUGGCGCCGCCUGCGUGCUGGGCAUAGACCUGGGCACCACCUCCGUCAAAGCUGCCCUGGUGGUAGGGGGAGAGGUGGCCGAGAGCUGCUCCAGGGAGAUACGGGCGCACACGGCCAGUUCGAGCGCUGGACCGCAGGGCAUGGAGCAGAACGUCUGGAAAAUAAUAAGAGCAUUGAAUGAAUGCCUUGCUGCUCUACCCCAGCAACAACUUCAGAGUGUCAGGCACAUUGGUAUUUCAGGACAAAUGCAUGGGAUUGUGUUUUGGAAACGAGAUCAAGGUUGCAAAUGGACAGAGAGUGGAACUGGCCCAACCUUUGAGCCUGAGGAGGUAAGUAAUCUGGUUACUUGGCAAGAUGGCCGCUGCAGCCCUAGCUUCCUGUCUUCUCUACCUCAGCCACAGUCACAUAUCAGCUUGGCUACAGGAUUCGGAUGUGCCACGGUCUACUGGUAUUUAAGUAAGAGUCCAGAUUUUUUGAAGUCUUAUGAUGCAGCUGGCACUAUCCAAGACUAUGUGGUUGCCAUGCUGUGUGACCUGAAGAAGCCACUGAUGUCUGUCCAGAAUGCUGCCAGCUGGGGAUAUUUUAAUUCCAGAAGCAAAAGCUGGAAUACUGACAUCUUGAAAAAGUCUGGCUUUCCUGUUCACUUGCUUCCAGAAGUGGGAGACCCUGGCAGUACUGCAGGCAGGACAAUCUAUGCAUGGCAUGGAAUACCCAAGGGAGCAGAAGUCGGAAUUGCCCUGGGAGAUUUCCAGUGUUCUGUUUAUUCCUGUCUGACUGAGAGGACUGAUGCAGUUCUCAAUAUCAGCACUUCUGCUCAGUUGACCAUCUCUAUGCCACUGGGAUUCCAGCCUCCAGAGACACCAGAUCCUUUCUCAGCUGUUACUUAUUUUCCCUACUUCGAUGGUAACUACUUGGCAGUGGCCGCAUCACUCAACGGAGGCAAUGUUCUAGCAACGUUUGUGGAUGUGGUGGCCCAGUGGACAGCAGAGUUGGGCCUUGAGGUUCAGGAGUCUACUAUCUAUACAAAGAUAAUCAAGGCAGCCUUGGCCCAAAACAACAGCAGACUCUCAAUCCAUCCAACAAUAUUUGGAGAGAGGCACAUGCCUGAGCAGUUGGCUUCGGUGACCAAUAUCUCUGUCUCUGACCUUUCGCUGGGUCAUGUAACUAGAGCUCUGUGCCGUGGGAUCAUUGAAAAUCUCCAUUCCAUGCUGCCCUCUGAGCGCCUGAUGGAGACAGGAGUGACGAGGAUUCUGGGAACCGGGAGUGCCCUUGCCAGGAAUGAGGUGCUGAGGCAGGAGGCGGAAAGGAUUUUUCCCUUCCCUGUGAUUUAUGGGAAGGAUGUUGAUGCUGCUGUGGGGGCUGCCAUGGUGAUGUUGCACAGAAAAUAA